CGGUGCACCGGGUGUGCGAAAACCGGGGAGAAGCGGGAUCGGCCGGGGGACAGGAUGUGUGACCGCAGCGGUGGCCGGCGCCUGCGGCAGUGGCUGAUCGAGCAGAUCGACAGCGAGCUCUACCCGGGGCUCAUCUGGGAGAACGAGGACAAGUCCAUGUUCCGCAUCCCGUGGAARCACGCYGGSAAGCAGGACUACAACCAGGAGGUGGAUGCUUCCAUCUUCAAGGCCUGGGCUGUUUUCAAAGGCAAGUUCAAGGAAGGCGACAAAGCCGAGCCGGCCACGUGGAAGACRCGGCUCCGCUGCGCCCUCAACAAGAGCCCUGACUUCGAGGAGGUGACAGACAGGUCCCAGCUGGACAUCUCCGAGCCCUACAAGGUCUAUAGGAUCGUGCCAGAGGAGGAGCAGAAAUGCAAAGCGGGGAUUGCGGGCGGGAGCAGCCUGAAUGAUGUCACCGACAUGGACUGCAGCUCCUCUGCCAUCGAGGAGCUCAUCAAGGAGCCCCCCUGUGUGGAUGAGUACCUGGGGAUCAUCAAGAGGAGCCCCUCACCCMCCCAGGAGAGCUGCAGGAACCCCCCAAUUCCCGACUGGUGGGUGCAGCAGCCCAGCCCUGCCUUGCCCCUGAUGAAUGGAUACUCCAGCUACGAGCAGUAUCACUCAGGCUACUCCCAGAUGGUGAUCAGCUUCUACUACAGUGGGAGGCUGGUUGGGCACGUCAGCACCUCGUGUUCUGAGGGCUGUAGGAUCUCUCUGGGGCAGCCUUCGGGUCACGGUGAGAAGCUCUACGCCCCGGACACUCUGGAGAAUGUCCGGUUCCCGUCGGCCGACGCCAUCCAGAACGAGCGGCAGAAGCAGAUCACCAGGAAGCUUUUUGGGCACCUGGAGAGGGGUGUUCUCCUGCACAGCACCAAGCAGGGCAUCUUCAUCAAGAGGCUGUGCCAGGGCAGGGUGUUCUGGAGCGGGAACACCAUGGCUUACAAGGACAGGCCCAACAAACUGGAGCGGGAAGAUGUGGUGAAGGUUUUUGACACCAAUUUGUUCUUCAGAGAGCUGCAGCAGUACUACAACAACCAGGGCCGCUUCCCGGACAGCAGGGUGAUGCUGUGCUUCGGGGAGGAGUUCCCAGAUGCUGUGCCUCUCAGGUGUAAACUCAUCCUUGUCCAGGUACAGUGGGAAUUGUGCCAGCAGAGCUCCACCCCUGCAGCCAUGGGGUAUUUGGGUGCCUGGAUUUGGGGUGGAAGUGUGGAGGUUUUUUUCUUUUCCCUGAUUCAUGCUCGGGCUGUUUAUCAAAUUCCCAGAUCUGGGUUUGUAAGUGGAGCUCCCAAACUGCACAAGCUUUGUGAGCUGCAGGGAAAUCAGGGUUCUUCCUCCUGAUCCUGUGUUGGCACUGGGACUUCUGCCUUUUCCUGUGGGAAAUGGGGAAAUAAAUCC